AUGGCUGAAAACGAGAUAAAACUCGAAUCCCAGCUCGAACCACUCCCGGCUCCCCAAGUCCCGUACUCAAUAUUUACGAAAGGCCAAAAGGCGGUCAUUACGAUCAUUGUAUCAGUAGCAGCGUCAUUUUCUGGAUUCGCGUCCAACAUCUACAAUCCAUCGAUUCCUACGAUUGCUGCGGACUUCGGUGUAGCGCCAGAGCUUAUCAAUUUGACGGUGACGUCGUACAUGAUAUUUCAGGGUCUGUCGCCGACCCUUUGGGGAGCCAUUGCCGAUGUCCAAGGUCGCCGGGUGACCUAUAUUUGCACGUUCUUAGUAUUCUUCUCGGCGUGCAUUGGUCUCGCAGAAACAACACAUUACUACCAACUCGUCAUUUUGCGCUGCCUGCAGAGUACUGGAAGUGCGAGUACGAUUGCCAUUGGAGCAGGCGUGAUUGGCGACAUUACGACGCGAGAGGAAAGAGGCGGGUAUAUGGGCUUCUUUCAGGCCGGAUUGCUGUUUCCUACUGCAGGAGGUCCUAUCUUGGGCGGAGUCUUUGCGGGAACGCUCGGGUGGAGGGCCAUAUUCUGGUUCUUGACCAUCUUCAGUGGGACCUUCUUGAUAUGUUUGGUGAUAUUCCUCCCAGAGACCCUGCGAUCGCUCGUCGGCAAUGGAUCCAUACCGGCGAAAGGCCUCGGAAAGUCUUUGAUAGCGUACCUGCAAUUGCGUCGACAUGAUGAGAACGAAUUAGAGCUUUCCCGGACGAUGAGCGGUGCUCCAUCCAGGAAGAAACUGCGGCUAGAUUUUACUGGACCAUUGCGAAUUGUAUUCGGUGGCGAGGUGACUUGGAUUAUCAUCUUUCUCUCGAUUUACUACACGGUAUGGCAGAUGACUAUAACGGCACUGUCGACUUUCUUUCAUGAGACCUAUGGCCUGUCCCAAAUUGAGAUUGGCUUGACGUACAUUGCGAAUGGAGUUGGAUGUAUCGUGGGCACAAUGACUACCGGAAGAUACCUGGAUUUCGAUUAUCGACGCAUCAAAAACAGCUUCACCGGAAACCCGGAAGACUUUCCGCUAGAACAUGCUCGAUUGCGGACGAUCUGGCUCUGGGCCGCUAUGCAGAUCGCUGCAACGGUGGUGUUUGGGUGGACUUUGGACAAGAAGGUUCACAUUUCUGUGCCAAUAAUAUGUACUUUGGUGAUGGGCUGGGCAACAUGCGCCACGCAAUCUGUCAUAACGACGUUAUUGGUGGAUAUAUACUCGGCACGGAGCGCUUCCGCAACGGCUGCGUUAAACCUAGCGAGAUGUUUAAUGGGAGCUGGUGGUACUGCGGCGGUAGUCCCGAUAGCAAACGGAAUGGGCGUUGGCUGGGAAUUUACAAUGCUAUCUGGGAUACUCAUUUUGUCUUUAGUUUUGGUUGUCGUCCAAUCAAAAUAUGGGGCUAGGAAGAGAGUGGAAAGAGCAAAACUGGAGAGAUCAUAG